ACAAAUUUCACACACAUUUAUAUACACACAAAUUUCCCACACAUUUAUUAUAUACACACAAACUUCACACACAUUUAUAUACACACAAACUUCACACAC